AUUGAUUACAUCGUUUAAUAAAUAUUUAUAUUAAAGGUUUUAUAAUUUACUAGUACAUAUUUAAUAUAGACUUUCAUAGUGGUAUUACAAAAGUGUAGUGAAAAAAUGUUUAUUUUAAAAAUGAUUAUAAUACCGUUUUUAUUAUAUUUCGUGUGUAGUGCGGAGGGGAAAAUUUUCGAUUUAAAUGAUACGGAGUAUAGAAGAAUGCCGCCAUUGUUCACCAUGGACGACCACCGCGACUGCCUUCUGGAGCCAGGAGGGACGUACUGCGUUGUAGACCUGGAGUUGUUCUCUCACCAGGAGUCAGACCUAUUGAAGAUGAUCCAUGGUUACUCAGAAGUAACAAACAAGCACUACAACCACACACAACUGCACAGAGCCGUCUGCCUCACACAAACCUGCAAGUCCUACAUCGGUCGACGAGACACCAAACACGAAAUUGACAUUUCCACCAUCUUGGAGACCUGUCUCAACGCAUCUAUAUGGAAGGAAUAUAAGUUACAAGCAAGGGUCCUAGCUUUGAAGGAGUGUCAAAGACAAGGAGAUACGGUUACUUAUGAUGCUAGUGACUAUACCUUGGUUGGCGUGAUUUUAGUCUUGAUUGUGCUGAAUUCAAUUGGGACUUUCUAUGAUGUUUUUAAAAAAGCGAACACAGCAGGUAAUCCAUAUUUGAUGUCGUUCUCCCUGCUGCGAAACUGGGGAAAGCUGGUGGCACCGAGCGGCGUGGGGCCAGAGCCUAGGCUGAGACGCUUCAAAUUAUUCAAUGGACUUAGGACAAUGACGGUAGUGUGUGUGCUCUUUUCGCACACUACCUUCGUAAUGAACAAUUCGUUUGUCAAGAAUACAGCCUACAUAGAGAGGGCAGGAGACGAUCCGUCAAAGCAGAUCCUGUACAAUGGGUCUUUAGUAGUGUCAACGUUCUUUGUGAUGUCCGGGUUCCUACUAGCCUUCAAUUUUGAGCUUCACGCUGAGAAGCAUCGCGUCAGCUGGCUUGAGUUGCCCAAGGGAAUGAUGCUACGAUGGCUGAGAUUGACCCCAGCGUAUGCCCUAAUCCUGGGUCUAGUGGCGACUAUAGUGAGACGCUUAGGUGCUGGUCCUCUGUGGAACCAGAUGGUGACCGUGGAGAGUGAUGCCUGCCGGCAGUAUUGGUGGGCUCAUCUGCUGUACAUCAACAACUAUAUCUAUGAUGACAACCAAUGUAUGCCGCAGACUUGGUAUUUAGCAGCUGACACACAGCUCUUCGCUCUAGGGCUGGUCUUCUGCAUAGUGGCGCGUACGCAGCGGUCACGCAAGAUCAUCCUCGGCCUGAUGAUGGUUGUGUCCCUGCUGACUCCUGCGCUGCACACGUACUUUGAAGAUCUGGAUGCCAUUGUCAGCCAAGGACCGGAGAUCGUGAAGAGUAUAUAUAAGACCGACAACGUAUUCAGACACGUAUAUAUUGCUGCACACACGAACCUGGCCUCAUACACGCUGGGUAUAGGAGGCGGCCUGCUGGCGUACCACUGGCUCACUGAGGGGAAGGACUUUGAACAGUUUAAGAAAUACCGUUACCUGCUCUGGCUAACGUUCCCCUUCGAUACCUGGUGAUCCUAUCCGGGGCCCUAUUCUACGGCACUACUCGCGCACCGCUCGCUCUGCGAGUUUUAUACGCCGCCUUUUACAAACCCGUCUUCCAGUUGUUGGUCGUCUUCUUUACGAUCUGUAUGAUAUUUAAGACAGAAAAGGUGUAUCGUGGAAUCGUGGAGUGGCGAGGCUUCACGUGGACGGGCCGGGUGUCGUACUGUGCCUUUUUGGUUCACACCCUAUUUCUGAGAGGGUUCGCUGGCUCUUUUGUGCAGCCUGUGAAUCUCAGUGACUACUUUUUGGUUAUGGUCCUCGCAGGCACCAUCUUCUUGUCUUUCGCGUCGGCGGCCAUCUUAUGGCUCUGCGUCGAGGCGCCGGCCAAAGAACUGAUCUCAGCGGCGAUGAAACCCAGACCUAGAGUAGAGAAUACUAAAAUAUAGUUUAUUUAGAAAAUUGAGGGGUUAAUCCGAUAAAUUAAGAUCAUUUUUCAUUGAAAUAAGAAUUUUGUGGAAAUACACAUAGUUCGAAUGAGGAGGCACAUUGACAUUUUAUCUCGCCAGGCGGCGCCUGUUCAAGUUUCUAGGCAUGUCAUUAUCAUUCAUAUGUGAGAGAGAGAAAAAACACAUGAUCUUCUCGCUCUCACGUAUGAAAUUCUUUAUUCUGUGCAAAGUAAGUGCAAUGGACUAAUAGGGUGGUGCCAUCUGUCAUAACCUUUAUGUGCCUCCUUAUUGUAAAAGCCAGUUUGCUCAACUUGUCAGUGUUGAUCGCUAACCCCUCGAAAAUAUGUAGGUUUAGAAUGUUUGUGAGAAGUAUUAGAUAUGUGAGGAGAAACUAAAGAGAUUGUUAUAUGUUUAUUUAGUAAAUAAA